CGUUUCCCAUCGCACGCCGUUUCAGGAAGUUCCACGUCACUCGAUAGUCCGUCCACAGAAAAAGCAACACCGACUGGGACUAUUCAUAAUUAAUUCACAUAAAAAGAGACAACCCACUGAUUAAACAUGCCUCUCAGGCUGGACAUCAAGCGGAAGCUGACAGCCCGGUCAGACCGGGUGAAGAGUGUGGACCUCCACCCGACCGAGCCGUGGAUGCUGGCCAGCCUGUACAAUGGUAGUGUCUGCGUCUGGAACCAUGAAACACAGACAUUGGUGAAGACCUUUGAAGUGUGUGACCUUCCAGUGAGAGCAUCAAAGUUUGUAGCCAGGAAGAACUGGGUCAUAACAGGAGCCGAUGACAUGCAGAUCCGUGUGUUCAACUACAACACCCUGGAGAGGGUUCACAUGUUUGAGGCCCACUCUGACUACAUCCGUUGUAUUGCCGUGCAUCCCACCCAGCCCUACAUCCUCACAAGCAGUGACGACAUGCUGAUUAAGCUGUGGGACUGGGAGAAGAAGUGGUCUUGCAGCCAGGUGUUCGAGGGCCACACCCACUACGUCAUGCAGAUCGUCAUCAACCCUAAAGACAACAACCAAUUUGCCAGCGCUUCUCUGGACAGAACCAUCAAGGUUUGGCAGCUAGGCUCCUCUGCUCCUAACUUCACCCUUGAGGGCCAUGAGAAAGGUGUCAACUGCAUUGACUACUACAGUGGAGGGGACAAGCCCUACCUUAUAUCAGGAGCUGAUGACCGCCUGGUCAAGAUCUGGGACUACCAGAACAAGACGUGUGUGCAGACCCUGGAGGGACACGCCCAGAAUGUGUCGUGUGUCAGCUUUCACCCAGAGCUGCCCAUCAUCAUCACAGGCUCAGAGGACGGCACUGUGCGCAUCUGGCACUCGAGUACGUACCGUCUGGAGAGCACGCUGAACUACGGCAUGGAGCGCGUGUGGUGUGUGUGUGGCCUGCGAGGCUCCAACAACGUGGCCCUGGGUUACGAUGAAGGCAGCAUCAUCAUCAAGCUGGGGCGGGAGGAGCCAGCCAUGUCCAUGGACACCAAUGGGAAGAUCAUCUGGGCCAAGCACUCAGAGGUGCAGCAGGCCAACCUGAAGGCCAUGGGCGACACCGAGAUCAAGGACGGAGAGAGGCUGCCGCUGGCCGUCAAAGACAUGGGCAGCUGUGAGAUCUACCCCCAGACCAUUCAGCACAACCCCAACGGAAGGUUUGUUGUGGUGUGUGGAGACGGAGAGUACAUCAUCUACACUGCCAUGGCACUGAGGAACAAGAGCUUCGGCUCAGCCCAGGAGUUUGUCUGGGCACACGACUCCUCAGAGUAUGCCAUCAGAGAAAGCAACAGUGUGGUCAAAAUCUUCAAGAACUUCAAAGAGAAGAAGUCUUUCAAGCCAGACUUUGGGGCUGAAGGUAUCUAUGGAGGCUUCUUGCUGGGCGUCAGGUCAGUGAACGGUCUGGCCUUCUAUGACUGGGAGAACACAGAGCUGGUCCGCCGCAUUGAGAUCCAGCCCAAACAUAUCUUCUGGUCAGACUCAGGGGAGUUGGUGUGUAUAGCCACAGAGGAGUCCUUCUUCAUCCUGCGCUACCUGUCCGAGAAAGUAGCCGCCUCCCAAGAGAACAAUGAGGGAGUGACGGAGGACGGCAUCGAAGACGCCUUUGAGGUCCAGGGGGAGAUCCAGGAAGUGGUGAAGACAGGUCUGUGGGUGGGAGACUGCUUCAUCUACACCAGCUCUGUCAACAGACUCAACUACUUUGUGGGGGGAGAGAUUGUCACCAUCGCUCACCUGGACAGGACCAUGUACCUGCUGGGCUACAUCCCCAAGGACGACCGCCUGUACCUGGGCGACAAAGAGCUGAACAUCGUCAGCUACUCCCUGCUGGUGUCUGUGCUGGAGUACCAGACAGCUGUGAUGCGCAGGGACUUUGGCAUGGCUGACAAAGUGUUGCCCACCAUCCCCAAGGAACAGAGGACCCGUGUGGCCCAUUUCCUGGAGAAACAGGGCUUCAAGCAGCAGGCUCUGGCCGUGUCGUCAGACUCGGAGCACAGGUUUGAGCUGGCCCUGCAGCUUGGGGAGUUGAAGAUCGCCUAUCAGCUGGCUGUGGAGGCAGAGUCGGAGCAGAAGUGGAAGCAGCUGGCAGAGCUGGCCAUCAGUAAGUGCCAGUUUAGCCUGGCCCAGGAGUGCCUCCACCAUGCCCAGGACUACGGCGGCCUGCUGCUGCUCGCCACGGCCUCGGGCAACGCCGCCAUGGUGGGCAAGCUGGCCGAGGGCGCUGAGCGGGACGGCAAGAACAACGUGGCCUUCAUGACUUAUUUCCUGCAGGGGAAACUGGACCACUGUCUGGAGCUGCUGAUCCGGACCAACCGGCUGCCUGAGGCGGCCUUCCUGGCCCGCACCUACCUGCCCAGCCAGGUGUCCAGGGUGGUCAAGCUGUGGAGGGAGAGCCUGGCCAAGGUCAACCAGAAGGCGGCCGAGUCGCUGGCCGACCCCACCGAGUAUGAGAACCUGUUCCCCGGUCUGAAGGAGUCGUUUGUGGCCGAGCAGUUCCUCCGGGAGACCUGCCUGGGCAACUCCCGGCCAGCCACCGACUACCCUCUGGUCACACCCAAUGAAGAACGUAAUAUACUAGAGGAUGCCACGGGCUACGAGCCCAAAGAAGUUCCCCUCUCACUUGCCACACUGGUACCGGGUGAAGACCGCAGGGAGGAGGAGACCACUUUGGCUGCUGGAGUGCUGGCGUCCGUGUUGACGGCCCCCGCGAUCCCCUCGGAGCCAGAGCCUGAGGCUGCACCUGCUGAGGCUGCACCUGAAGAGGAAGAGAGCCCCGGUUCAUCUGAGGCACUGAAGAACAAUGCCCUGGACGAACUUGAAGAUGACCUGGACAACAUGGAGCUGGACGACAUCGAUACCACAGACGUUAACCUGGAUACCACAGACGUUAACCUGGAUACCACAGACGUUAACCUGGAUACCACAGACAUUGACCUGGAUGACGACUUCUUAGAUGACUGAGAACCCCCCCCCCCCCGCUAUGAAUUUAUUUAAGAGACCAAACCCCCUUUUGUAUUUGUACUUAACAUGUGUUUUGUUAGUCCUACGGUGUUUGGAAGACUGAGUCGAUGAUAAAUCCAUGCGAGGGGAAAGAGGCAAAUUAUACGUCUUGAUUCUUAAGCAGAUUUUAUACUUCAUCCAGGGUCUUACCUUCACUAACUAUCCGUGCAUUGAGCUAUAUAUUUACUCUCUGUAUGUGUACAAUGAUAAAUCACUGUUCAUUUACGCCUAAUAAAUUGCUAUUGCUGUACAUUUGAA